UCCGCCCCCCGCUGUCCGCCGCCGCUCAGCGCAGCCGGAGGGAGCCUCGGAGCGGCGGGCGGACAGAGCGAGCGAGCGAGCGAGCUAGCUGAGUGACCGACCAACCAACCGACCGACUGACUGAGAGGGGAAGGAGAAGCUGCCUCGCUAUGAGCCCCGACGAGAAACCGCCACCCAGCCACUCCCGCAAUGACCGACGGCCACCGCCACCACCUGAGUCUGCUCCUGGCCGAGGCCGGCGGCGAGGCGGUUUCCUGACGGAGAUCCGCACGCCGAUCCGCACCGAGCCUUUCCAGGAGCGGUACAGCCUCAGCCCCGGCAGGGAACUCGGCAGGGGGAAAUUUGCAGUGGUGAAGAAGUGUAUCCAGAAAGACACAGAGAGAGAGUUUGCAGCAAAAUUCAUGAGAAAAAGAAGAAAGGGCCAAGACUGUCGGAUGGAAAUAAUCCAUGAAAUUGCAGUCCUCGAGCUUGCGCAAUGCAACCUUUGGGUCAUUAACCUGCAUGAAGUGUAUGAAACUGCAACAGAGAUGAUUUUAGUCCUGGAAUAUGCUGCUGGAGGUGAAAUCUUUGACCAGUGUGUGGCUGAAAGAGAGGAGGCCUUCAAAGAAAGAGAUGUGAAACGACUCAUGAAGCAGAUCUUAGAAGGAGUUUCAUUCUUGCACAGAAACAAUGUGGUUCAUCUUGACUUAAAGCCUCAAAAUAUUCUGCUAACCAGUAAGUCUCCUCUGGGAGACAUUAAGAUAGUAGAUUUUGGCCUUUCCAGAAUAAUGAAGAGCAGUGAGGAACUAAGAGAAAUUAUGGGAACUCCAGAAUAUGUAGCUCCUGAAAUUCUGAGUUAUGACCCAAUCAGUACAGCAACUGACAUGUGGAGCAUUGGAGUCCUGGCCUAUGUUAUGCUAACAGGGAUAUCACCUUUCUUAGGGGAUGAUAAACAAGAAACAUUCUUAAACAUAUCUCAGAUGAACAUAAGUUACUCUGGAGAAGACUUUGACCUCAUAUCGGAGUCUGCUGUGGAUUUCAUCAAAACUCUGCUGGUUAAGAAACCUGAGGACCGGGCAACUGCUGAAGAAUGUCUUCAACACCCAUGGUUAGAACAAAGCGAUCAUCCCGCUUGCAGGGCCUGGAGUAAGAGUCCGGAAGGGGAGACCAGUGAUACUGCUCAGAAAGAUGCAGGUUCUGCCUCUGAAAAAUCAGUAGAUGCUGAGAAGACUGAAGAGGAAGAAUCAAUAGUGACAGAAGAACUAAUUGUAGUGGCUUCAUACACCCUGGGACAAUGUAGGCAGUCAGAAAAAGAGAAAGUAACGGAGCAGAAAGCCAUUUCCAAGCGAUUCAAAUUUGAGGAGCCAUUACUGCAAGAAAUACCAGGAGAAUUCAUAUACUGAACUGUGGGGAGCUUCAUAGCUGUAACUGGAAGGCAGUGUUUUCUACUAAACAAACAAAAAAAAAUCCUAGCCAAGCAAAUUUCUGAUAUGCAAUAAAUGUUCUAGAGAAAAGAAGAUGUCGAGAAAUGGCAUCCAAGGAGAAAGUGCCAAGGUUUUAAUUUCGUGGAGCAGAUAAGCAAGAUUUCAAGCAGGAAUUUAGCAAAGAUUAAAAGCUUCUUUUUGUUUGUCGUUUUUCUUUCUGGAUUAUUUUGUUGUUAUUGAUGUUGCUUGAUGGCAAAGGUGGGUUUUUUUUGUCGUUGUUGUUGUUUGUUUUCAGUGUUCUGGAGAAGUUGACAUUGGAAGUGUUUCAGCGACAGAUGUCAAGUGGGUAAUUUUAGGGUACGUUGUGGCAUUUAAUGCAAAUAUACAGUGCUGGUGUUUUUCUUCAACACCUUUUAGCACUCCUGACUUCAGUGGAACUAAUCUACUGAUCUAAAAGUUGUACUAGAGGAGAAUUUGAUCAGCUGGUUGGGCAGAGUUUUCAGAGCUAUACUGUGGAUGUGUUUCCUUGUCAAAGACUCGGGCUCCUGCAGUCUACAGCCAAACAGUAAGCUGUGCUUCUCUAGCAAGAGCUGCACACAUCCCAAGGGUAAAGAAAAAUCUGUAUUAGGGAGUGAUUACAGGAGUGCUGCUGCUUCGUGUGGGGGCACAGUGCAGCCCUGCUGGGGGAGCACAGCACUGCCCUUCUCCAGAGGGUGAUGAGUUUGCCUAAGCGAGUCACCCCUGAGAGCCAGCAGAGAUUGCUGACACCUUCCCCACGUUGGGUGAGAUGUGCAAAUAGAAUCCAGCUCAGUGUGACUGUGCAGCGCUGAUGAGUGGAAAAAAAGAAUGACACAGGGGCUGAUGUAGCUCUACUGAAGUUAUUGAAGUUCUCUCUACUGACUUCAUGUUUAAUCAGUUUGUCCAACUAAAGAUAAAUCAGCCCUUCAUUCCACCUCCCCCAGGUCCCACUGGGCUUUUACUGGGAGCACGAAGUCAUUUCUGCUGCCUUUUUGCUCCUCUAACAACUGCUUUAAAGAAGAAAGAAGCAACCCUAGGCUAAAUUGCAUAACCCUGUUCAAUACAGCUAUGAGAUGAGGAAGAAGAUACUGCUUCCUCUGAAAUGAUGAAGCACAGCUUGCACCUCGUGCUUUCUAAUCACUCUUCCUUAGACACUUGGAAAACCAGCACAUGUAUGAUGGGGCAGGGUGGGGCUCUGUGGGUGGGUCGUAGCUCUGAAUGGACACAGUCCAUCAGAGGACAAAGCUGGGACUAACUGGGCAUAAAAAUUGACUGGUUUUUACAAUGUACAGGUCUGAGGAUCUCAGACUGAGCCCUGGUUUUCUAAGAACUCUUUCAUAUUGAUGCUGUUCCAAAGUUUAUGUAAUUGAAGUUUAGUACUAUUAUAUUGCCUACUGUUAACUAUUCAACUAUUUAUUUGGUUUCCUUGUGCUGUUCCUCUAUAAUAAACCCUGACAACCUUUUCUUGCCAUAAAGCAAUGAGUAGAAACUCCUUAAGCUAGUUUUUCUGGUUUUCCAUGUUGCUGCUGCAGGCUUUCUAAUUUCAACUGUACCAAGGAUGUUCUUACUCUUGUUAGUGACCAGGAGUUCAAUGCUCUGUGCUAAUAUUACACAAGGAAAAUGGCCUGUCAGUAACACAAGCAGUGCUGGGGUGAUCUCAUUAGCAUUGCUGUAAGGGUGGGAGAGGAAGCACCAGAAGAGAACUGAACAAAAAGCAGUGUGACACUGAGUGGAGCAAUGAGCAUUUCAAUAAGGAUUCAUUGCCAGGGGUCUGGUUGCCUUCAAUUGAAGCCACAGCAGACAAACUUAACCUAAAUUAAGCCGUUCUGUUGAGCUUCUUCCUUCUUAGAUACUCACAUAGGUAGGGCAGCUUCUUGCUCAUUAAAGACCUUCAUAUGAGGAGAUAUCACCAGUACUCCUAACUGAGUUUGGACAUGGUUUAUAUUGUAAUGCAGACAUGCCAUGCAAGAUUUCCUUGGAUAGCUCUGGCUGGCCACCAGGAGAAGUCAAACAAAAACCUUUGAGCCAGCAGGGUAGCUGUGUGAUCUGCUUCAGACAAUUUUUAGGCAUGACAGUACUAUUGAAGAGGCAUCUUUCUUUUCCUGCUCACUCAUUUGCCCAAGACAAUUCCUUGGCUGAGGGGACAUGACUUUACAAAACUUUGUGCAAGAUGACAAUUUCUGCCACCUUCUGUCACUGCUGUUUUGAGGUCUCUUUUGACUUCCACACUUCCUUGCUUUUACAAGCUUGAGCAAAGCACUGAGCUCGAAGCUCACAUCCCACCCUUACAGAACAAGGCUGCCAUAUCUACACACCUAAAUGUGUAAUACCUCAUGGGUCCACACAGCAAAUCAUUUGAGGGGCACAGAUCUAACUGAAUUCCUAUUUAUAACCACAGAUCAGGUCUCAAAUGGAGACUGCUACUAAUGAGAGCGAGCAGAUGCUGAGCAGCAUGCAUCUGCUCCUAUAGUUACUGGCUUUAAUGUAUGACAGUGAAGCUAAACUGUAUAAAUGAACUUACUUAACUACAAAGCCAGCUUCUGCAAUGGCUGCUUUGAGGUGUCCAGUGGGCUGUGUUUCUGCUUUUAACUUUUUGUGCCUUAAGGUGGUUCUGUACAGUGUUUUUCUAACGUUGUUAAGAAGUUGUAUAAAGUUGUGAAAGUUUAAUAGUAUAAAUUAUAAACAAGGCAGAAGAGACUGGCCCUAGGAUGGGAAAAAUCUUCUCUAGUGCUUUGCUGCAGGACUCUCAGCCAGUCCCUCAGAUGGAAGCUGUUUCUGUUCCACUCUGAGGGAGGCUGGAGCUGUGAAUGAGGCAUUCUUACCCUGUGUUGCAGAAAGGGGCUGGGGAGGGUCUGAGAGGCUCGGUUACUAGUGAGGCAGAGCUGGGAGCAAAUUGCUUGCCUUGUGAAGCAGAGCUGGCUUCCUGCAGCUGGGGGAGUGCAGGGACACAUGCAGUUACCUGAAAAAAGCUGCUCCUGCCUUCAAGUGUUUGUGGGGUAGGGGUGGUUACAGAGACCAAGUCAGAUCCUCAGACCUUGUGGUCAGUGCUGCCUGUCCCCACGCUGCAGGCUGGGCUUCUGCUGGGAGGAUGACUGCUGUUUGCUCAGUGCAGGAAGCUGAAUAGAAUAGAAGUGCAGAUGUUCUUGGAGCUUGCUACAGGGCUGGUAUUGCUGUGGUUCUGAUGCAAGACGUGAACUCUGCCUAGGCAGGGCAGGUCCAGGUCUUUGUCUCUCGUUACAGUUGUUGGAAUAAACAGCAACCAUCUGGUUGAAAUCAAAGCCUUAUCUCCUUUUGCUAUGUUCAUCUCUAAGCAAGAGGCUGUAAAGUUCAGCCAUUGAACUAAAAGUUCUAGAAAAUAAUCCCUUUGCAUGUUUUGGUCCAAAGCUAAAUUUGACUUUGGGUUUGUUCCAUUUCCUACACUUUUUACCUGAAGGGCUCUAAAUACAAAAGGGUGGAUUCCAGCUUGCAAUCUCCUGGGUGAAGCUGGAGAGCUCUUAGGUAGGAAAUGCAAAUGCAAAUGAACUGCCUGUUCUUCACCGCUGAUGCUGGCAGGGGCCAGGAAGGAAGGUCAGCCUUGCAUGGGAUCAUGGUUUAAGAGCUUUCUCAGAUGUUCCAGGUUGCUAUGCCUGGAAGACAGUUCAACAUUUUAUAGAACUAGUGCCAGUUUGUUGUACUUCUGACAAGGUGUUUGCUGUUACAGGAGUUUGCCAAUAAAACACGUUUUGUUUUCUGAA